CGGAGGGCGACCGCCGCGCGUCAGCCGCGGCGUCGCUGGUCUGCAAGGCCUUUUCUUCAGGCAGGGGGCGGGAGAGAGAGGAGCAGGUCGAGCACUGGGGUCCACUGGGAACCAGCCCUUCCUCACAGCAGCAGCAGCAACAGCACCACCGCCGCGUAAUCAGGCUGGUCCAGGGCAGGAGCCGCACAGCACUUUGCUCUCUGAUAAGACUCCUUGGAACAAGAACGCAAACUACCACUCCGAGCUGCCGCAGUAAAUUUACAGCAGGAUUUUUGAGACGCAUCACGGUUAAUGGAGGAUGGACUUUAGGUUGGUUUUGUAACUUUUUGUGUCUUUAGGCUAUUUCUAAAAUGCCAUACUGACAAGCGGAGACUUAAAAAAAAACAUUUCAUGUUCAUCCGCACGUCUUGGUGAGGUUUGGACCUUUGGCAUAGGAACGUUCCUCAGUUUGUUUGUUUUCAGUUUAAUUACCAGCUUAUUAUUUUUUUCCCCACGAAACAACGCGGAGCAAGGUGAACCCCGGGUGACUUUAAGAGACGCAUAUUGGGUUGAAAACAAGAAGAAAAAGAAGAAAAGAAAGCUGGAGCUUUGUUAUUGCCGAGGAUUUACUUUUUGAAGAGGAGGACAGAAGAGGUUGGUGCGCCUUCUCGCUCGUCUUCAUCCGCGGUUCGGAGCUCACAGGCGCGCACAGCUCCGCGAGCCGAGCCGCUGUCCCCUUCCUCCUCCUCCUUCUCCUCAUCCUCAUCCUCCCCUCCGCGCGCCGAGCUGAGGAGAGAGGCUCGCUCGCGCCUCCAUAAAUGCCCGGUCCGUUGGAGAGGCUCGAGGCUGGGCAGCAAGAUGAGCUCGUGGGUCCAGCUGCUGCUGCUCGCGUGGCUGGCGGCGUGUGCGCGGUUUGGCGUGGACGGGGAGGACGCUCUGCCUGCAGCCCUGGUGGAGCUGGUUAGAAACAGCCCCAUCAACUCCAUUGAGGACCUCCAGCUGCUGCUGCUCACUGACUCCGUAGAUGAGGAGGAAGCCAACUCUGCAGCCAACGGAGGUCACAGACUUCCACGGAGCCUCGACGCUCAGCCCGCCCAGCAGGCUCAGUGUAAAGUUCGCACGGAAGUAGUCGAGGUCACCAGAGCCAUGUUGGACCGCAGCAAUGCCAACUUUCUGCUGUGGCCGCCGUGUGUGGAAGUCCAGCGCUGCUCUGGCUGCUGCAACACCAAGAGCCUGCAGUGCGUUCCCAUUGUCACGCACACCAGAUACUUGCAGGUCAUGAAGAUCGAGUACAUCAACAAAAGACCCACUUAUGCGAAGGCUGUGGUGUCGGUCGUGGAUCACGUGGAGUGCAGAUGUCAGCCUGCCCCGCGCCCCGCUGUGCUCAAGAAGAAAUCCUCUCACAGACUGCACAGCCACCUGCAUCGAAACCAGACCCUUGGCCCGGGACCGGCGCAAGGACAGGUGAAGGUCCACUCCAAAGAUGAACUCCACCAGCUGGAUGAGCUGAAACCGAACCAGAGGGCUCAUCUGGAGCACCUCCUGGGGCAGCACUGGGAUCCCAGAGGAGACGGCUUCCCUCAGCCAGGAGAAGGCUACAGUCUUGCAAGAGAAGACGCGACUCGGUCUGAGGAGACAGUUCUCUUUCCUCCGCACUGGGAUCAUAACUUCACCAGAUUUCUUGGGACCGAAGAGCAAACAGAGACGCAAGAAAAUGUCGGGACGAAGAAUGAGGAGGUUUCUAAAGACAAUGCAGGACCCCCUGCGGGAAAUGUGGAUGUAGAAGCAAAGGAAAAGUUGGGAGAAGAUGGGUUCAACAGCACCGAAGGGAAUCAUCCUAAAGUAGGACACAAACACACACAAACACACAGCCCUCUCGGGUCAGAUGACAAAUCCAAACCUUUUAAGAGCCACACUGCUGGACUCUCUAAGGGUGUUGCUGAGAACUCUCCAGUCAUGUUGGAUCCUAGCGAGGAAAGCAUGGAGAGAGCGAGUAGCAGGGCCCGACCAACCAAAGAGCCGAAUCCAGAGCCUCGAGAGCCGGCAGGAAGGAGAGAAAAUGAGACUCCAGACGUGGAAAGGAUGUUGCAAAUCGCAGAAGAGAAAUUGGAGGCUGAGAGAAAAGAGCUUCUCCUUCUCCACAAGAGACUGGACGAAGAGAAGGAAUUACUGCGACAGCAGAAAAUGAAGCAGGACGAGGAAGAACGGCUGAAAGAGAAGGAGACAGACAGUCAGCAUCUCCAGCAUAGGAAGCACCAUCAUCUGCAUACGACGACACCGAAACCAGAGACAACAACAUCCACAACUACCACGCAGAAAGCACCGGCCCCGACCGGCCCCAGGCUCCCGGUUCGUCCAAACCCUCACAGAAGAAGAAUGAAGAAGAAUCGCAAACGGAUCAGCAAGGCAGCAAUGAGAGCCAUGCUCAUGUAGGACUGAAAUAAAACCAGGGACACAUGGAGAACAUGUUGCAGGGUGGGAAUUGUCCAAAGAUGAAGCCAGACGACUCCUUUGGUUUCAGUAUUUAUUUGUCAAUAACCUGGUUGUCCUGUGAGAUCUCCUCGGUAACACUACUAACGACUGUCUGCUGAACCCGUAACGAUUCCUGGAUGGACCACGAGGGCAAAAGAGGGAAUAUGAACAAAGGCCGGACCUGCUCAGGAGAACGCUUCCCUCCCCGAACAUUUGCUAGUCUGAAGUCCCAAAGACAGACAAAGAUGUGCUCAGGCACGGCGACCGCGUGGGACCGAAGAGGCAUCGCUGUAGAACUGUGGAAAAUAGUGCAAUUCCUGUGGAUCCAAGCCCAGAUAUCAUGAAAGAGAGACGCUGCACUUCAAUGUGGACAACCAAGACUGUAUGGGAGGUUUCUUUGGAAGAAGUUGUAAUACCACUGGCAAGGUGAAAUAUAAAGCGUAUUUGGUUAAAACGUUAACAAAAGUGGAUUUAACCGUUUUGCUAAAAAUUACAAAUUGCGUAAUCUUAAAGACAAUCAUAAUGAGGCUGCAAAACGGGCAGAAUUUUCAGUGUGAUAUCGAUCAUCAGCUCACAAAAGCAACAGUGGUCUUUUUUUUUUUUAACCGUACUUAAUUAUAUUUCACUCAUUGCAAACACUGGAGUAACACACACACACACGACUAGCAAACAAAAACAGCAUUUAAAUCGCAUCGCAAACAUAUUUAUAACCUGGCUAGUUUCCACUUUUUUGUGACGUAAUCACAAACUUUAGUGUCAUUUCUUUGAAAUUCUAUAACAGAGAAACACAAAAUAGGGCAUAAUUCAGAGGUAGAUUGAAAGAGAAAUAUGAUUUGAAUGGAAAAAAAGUAUUUUAAAGCAAAAUCUUUCAAUUUCUUUCCACUUCAUUACUGUGCACAAAAUCAGAAUAAAAGUGAUCACAGUUUGUGGUCUUACUGUGACAAAGUGUGGAAAAAGUUUGGGUGUGUGAAUAGUUUUGUAAGUAACUGCGUGCCAACACAAAUUCUGGGGCAGGAUCAAUGCUAUAGAUAUACAUGUGAGCGGACUGUGCGCUACGUUUCUUAUUUAUUUGUCUUUACCGUUACUGUGGAUUAAUGUUCUGUAGAAAUACUGCCAUGCUGACGACAUGCUGAGACUUGAGAUUUUCUAAAAAUCUCUGUGGAUUUGUGGCUUAAAACAGGAAGAAAUUGUUAAAUGGUGCCCAAACUCUCCAUGACCUCCCAGUCAGAUGCAGUGUUAAAUUUCUUAGUGCAGAAAAUGUGUGAAUGGUCGUUUUCUGUGUCUAAAUUAGUGGUGCUGUAUGUACACGUCUGCACCUCCGUUAUUUAUCUCAAAGGUAUUUCGAUGAAAAUUUUCAGAAAUAUGUUUCCUCAACCUUUCCUCUCUAAAUUGAACCUUGCAAAAUUUAAUAAAUCUGCUCUCCGUAAACUCUUCUGUAACACGUUGAAACGCAUUGUUUUAAAUUUUUUUGAGACGAAUCCAGGAAGGCUAUUCAUUUUCACUUUUAAAACAUUUUCCUGUUAUUUUUGUGAAUAUUUGCCAUUAUUUUCAGUGUCUUGUAUAAGCAUAGUAUAAGCAUACUGCUGUGUCCAGUAAUCCACCGUCAGACAAACAUCUUAAAUUAUUGACAAUCUCGGCCUAUGUGUUCUUUUUGCCAAUUUACCACUGUUACUUAUUUCUGUCUGUUUUAAUAUAUGCAAUUGUGAAAAGAAAAUGUUUGCCUAUUUUCAUAUGAUUAUAAGAAUCUUUAAAUUGAGCUGGAAAUCGUGUUUCUGUUACAAGAAAAAAACUGCCACAGCUGUAGCUGUUUAUCGUAGAUAAUCAUUCAGGGGUAUCAUUAGGAGAAAAAGGUUCUUGACAGAAAACCAUUUGUGGGUGUCAAUAAAGAUUUCCUAUGCA